AUGGAUCAGAGAGGCGAUGCGGAUGGAGCGAAGGAGAACGGAUCGUCUCCUGCCCAUGCCGUGCUCAUGUUGGAUAGCAAUAACACGGACACGGAAGAAACGGCACAGGAACACCACCAGACAACAGAGACGCUCAUCUACAAAAUUCGGGAAAAUCCUCCCAUGCACCUUACCAUCCUCUUCGCUUUUCAGCAAGCCCUACUUUCCUUAGCGAACCAGUUAGCAUUGUCCCUCAUGGUGGCCCAGGCUGUAUGCGGCGAUAAUAGCGCGUGGUUCAAAACUCAGCUUCUCAGCUCCACCCUCUUCAUGGAUGGCAUCACGACCAUAGCCAUGGUGUUAUUUGGUGUCAGAUUACCACUGUUUCAGGGUGCAGCUUUUGAAUAUGUUGUGCCAUUGUUAGCCCUUCAAACAUUAGACCCAGACAGGUGCAAUGUGGUGGAAAUAUCAGAACAGUCAAUUACUAAUGAGAUGACAGGACAGAACUCAACUGUCUUAGUGAACAAGACUAUGGAACUUGACCAGGUCGUCCUGGCUAACACCCAAAGUCUGAUGGGUAGUCUGAUGGCAGCAGGUUUUAUCCACUUUCUGAUCGGGACCACCGGACUAGUGGGCUUCCUAUUACGGUUUGUGGGACCAGUAACAAUCGUGCCCACCAUACUUCUCAUAGGCCUGUACAUGACCAGGACGGCUGUUAAAUUCAUAGAGGUUCACUGGGGUAUAGGGAUCAUGACUACAGCUAUUUCCUUGCUACUGUCGCUGUAUCUAGGACGAUUUAAAUUGCCGAUUCCUGUCUGGACUCGAAAACGAAGUUGUCACGUAAUACGAUACCCUCUGCACCAAGUCUUUGCUCUGCUGAUAGGGAUGAUGAUAGGCUGGGCGGUCAGUGGAGUGUUCACGGCAUGCGGACUGCUCAGUGAUAACCCCGAUGACCUUCAGUAUAAAGCACGUACAGACAUUAACCAUGAUAUCGUGACGAAUGCCAGCUGGUUCUACUUCCCACAUCCAGGACAGUUCGGUGUACCCGGCUUCAAUGUCAGUGUGUUUGCCGGUUUCCUGCUCGCAACUCUCAUUUCCAUUCUGGAUUCCAUUGGGGACUAUUAUGCCUGCGCGAAAACGUGCAAUGCUCCCCCUCCUCCAUCACACGCCAUCAACAGGGGAAUCGCUGUGGAGGGACUUUGUACAUUCAUGUCUGGAGUUGUGGGAUGUGGCCACGCUACGUCGACGUACGGGGGCAAUGUGGGCGCCAUUGGGAUCACAAAGGUUGGGAGCAGACAAGUGUUCCUCCUCACCGGGAUCAUUUAUAUCGCCUUCGGUUUGAUUGGGAAGUUUUCGGCUGUCUUCAUCACCAUUCCUUACCCCGUUCUAGGUGGCGCUCUCGUCGUCAUGUUCGGAAUGUUUAUUGGUGUAGUGUUAUCUAAUCUGCAGUAUGUUAGUCUUACAUCUACUCGGAACAUCGCCAUAAUCGGAACCUCCAUAUUGUUUGGUCUUAUGGUACCUUACUGGGUGGAAAAAAACCCUGACGGAAUAAACACAGGUCAUUCUGACACCGACCGUGUGCUGAGGGUGAUCCUGGGUAACGCCAAUUUCGCGGGAGCUGUGUUAGCUUGUUUCCUAGACAACACCAUUCCAGCCACCAAGGAAGAGAGGGGUAUCACCGCUUGGCAGAACGUUGCCAAGCAUAAAUCGAAGGAGGACCCACAGCAAGGCAAAGAGGAACAACAAUAUGAGGAAUCUAUAGAUGUUUACGAACCACUGCUUCCAAAAGCGUGGAGAAAACAUUUCAUCCUCAAGUAUAUACCAUUUCUACCGGAUCCGGACGAGUACAACAUUGUUAGUGAUUGUGCCUAUUCGUCUCCUGACAAAUGUAAAAAUGGUACGUUAGAAACUGCCCAGCUUUGA